UUACGGCACACACAGACAGAGCGCACCCCAACUGCGUGGAUGGACGGAGCAACUUAAGGACUUCCCUUCCUCACUCUUAAGGCACAUUUAUGAUUGGAUGCCUACCGGCUCGGCUUUUCUUCUCAUUUAUCAAGGGCUUUUUACAACGUGCCAAAACUGAGCGGAUAUUGCUUUUGCGCAUCACGGGAGCUGGAACAAAAGGGACUCUUCAGUGAACAUCAGGGAGCAACAGAAGUACAAGAGCCACACAAACCAAGAUCUGUCUGCUGGAAUGUUCACGAUGCUCAACAAUGAAAUGAAGACCUAAAGCCAGAUAACCCAUGUUUGACCCACCGAACACAGACUGAAGAGUUGCAGACACCAGUGUUGUGUGCGUUGCUGGCCCUGUGUGUGUGUGUGUUUACACACUGUGCUGAGAUUAAAGCACUGUGGAGUCGGGAACUUAUGUUCAAGAGCAUGGUCCAACUGUCCACCUCAGCCUACCUGCUGGGAGGCCUUUUGGGCCUGUUUCUGCUAUCGCCUGUUAUGAUGGCCCCAACACCAGCCAGCAUGUGCACAGCCUUGAAGACACUCAACGGUAGCCUCAGCAACAGGCGGCGGUACAUGAAGCACAACUUCCCCAUCAAAUACACCAUCAGGGUCCAUUAUGAGGAAGUCUUCAAACUGUCAAACAUUAACAGAAUGAGGUUACAUGUGGAGGGAUUGGAUGAGCUAGUUCUCCAGAGGUUGUGGUUCCAGGUCAACCGAGGCGUUUUAAAAAAGAUCAUCCGGGUUAUGCCAGAGAGACAUCCUUCACGUCAAUACACCACUGAGUUGGAAAGGCGCUUCAGGGAUGCAGAAGGCGUGUUUGUACAGUCACAUCCGGCUGAGGUGUUCCAGCAGGAGCUUCCAGAGUCUAUCCAGGACACUUGGGAUCAUUUAACAGAAGAGCCUAGCAGAGUGCCUGAGUCCAGUUGGAGAUCUGCUUCCCCGAAGUCUCUCCUGGACAACCUCUGCCACACCAUGCACUGCCUCUUCAGUGAGUGCUUUGACAGCACAGAAACAAAGCGGGACUAUUGCAGUGUUUCCCAUUGGAAAAAAGGCAAGAAGAAAAAUGUACGCCCUCGAAGCUGAGAAGGGGCCAGCGGGAUGCAAUGUUGAUACCGAUAAAGGGUUGGUGUCAUUAUCUCCGUUUCAGCGAUAGAGAGAAGAGUGAAAGGACAAUCCACACGGAAACAAGAGAGCUCAGUCCUGAUUUGUGAACAUCAAUAAUUAUUUCCUAAAUAUACCGAACAGAGCUAAGAUUGUAUUUAUGAUAAUAAGGUAUGAUCAAUGGCUCUAUCACGCAAAGAAGACUCAUAUUGUAGGUACAGCAGCAGCAUUUAUGGUGAUUUCAUGAGCAUAAUGGACUUUCUGCUAAAAUGAAAUUACACUUAUUUAGGAGAAAUUCUCCAACUUUUAGAUUUUCCAAUUCUGUCACACAUGAAGUUUAAAUAUUUGUCUCUUGAUGGCAGCUCAGAUUGAUUAUUUGUUCUUGAGAGAUUUGUUCAUAUAUGGACUGAACUGAUCAUCGAUUGGAUGUCACUGUGGCUUUAGGAAAACUCUCCCCAAAAAGCCUGUGAUGUGCUCCGGUGGACCUGAAUGGUUCGGAUCAGAGAUCAACAUUGGAAUGUUAUCAUAUCGAGAAACAUCUGCAGACUUUGUACCAUAUCUGACUCUUCCACACAUCAAUGAGCUGGAGCCCGAGCAAUUGACAUGAACUGACUUAAGACCUACUGGCAAACUGUGCAAAGCUUGAAGAGUGACCAUUAGCAUUUUUAAAUGUGAAUUAAUAUCAUCGUUUCACUAUUUCACUUUGUUCUGACUUUAACAUUUGGGCCAACAUCGAUCUUUUUUUAUAUAAAUACCUUUGAGGUAUCUGACCAUUCAGAUUUGGCUCCCCUUCAAAGUUCACAUGCAGGCUCAUCAGAAAAUAUAUAUUAUGAUACAAUCUUUCCCAGGCUCAUUUUUCUCACAAGCCACCCAGAGCCGAAUAAGCUUUUUCAGGAGGGGAUCUUAAAGACAGGCGCUAAAGCGUUCCAGACAGAGGUUAUUGCAGGUAUAUUCAGAAAGGCAGUAUGAUUACAAUUAAUGUACUUUUAAAAAACUAAAGCAUGUAAACAUUUUCUAGUAGAAACCCAACAUAUUUAUACAAACCUGGAAAUUAGCUUUAUAUGUAUCCUUUAAUAGAUACAUAAUCUAAAAAUAACUACAUUGGAGAAUUUGGUGAACAUGUGCCAUUUAAUUAUUUGAAUUUCAUCAGGCUUUUAGGGUCUUUACAGUUGCUCCUCUCAGAUGUUUAGCUCUGAACAUGCUAGAAGUGAAGUCUGAUAUUGAAUGACCUGAUUCUUGACUUCUAGAUUCAUAGACUCCAAGAUUUUACUUCAAAGCAAAUCAGUAUCUCUUAUCAUUGAUGUUCUGUCUUAGAUAACCUCAGGUUGUGUCAGCUUUCCAGUUGUUAGGCUAUAUUGUGGAUUUUCUUAAUUAAAUUCACAGUUUUUAAGUUUUGAGCAAUGAACACAUUAGAAGAAUUAGGGCUGUACCCAAUAGUUUAAAGCUUCGUAGCUUCAUUCAUAAUGUUGCCAUUCAAUUCCUAAAUCGCUGAAUACUGUGCAGUUUUUAUUUUGUGCAUGUCUAAUAAUUCUAUUUAAUGUAUUUAUGUACAAUUGCUUUUAAAUAUAAGGCUACACUAUUAUUAUUAUUAUUAUUAUUAUUAUUAUUAUUAUUAUUAUUAUUAUUAUUAUUAUUAUUAUUAUUAUUAUUAUCAUACUAUUCCUAUUUAUGAAUGAUAUGCUGGUGGUGGCUGCAAUGAACUGUUUCCAAUGCAUGUGGUCCAAUAAUUCUAGAGCGUUCAAUAGCGUCCAAUAGUCUAAAUAUAUUGAAAAGAGCUUGAAUAACUGUAUUUCAAUAUUGUACUUCAAAUCCUUACAUGUUGGUGUUCAACGUUUUAGGUAAUAAUAUUAAUUGCGUUUAGAAAAAUGUUCUCCAGCUUGCAAAGGAAGGAAAACACCUGGAUAAACAGGGUGGUCUAGCAGCACAAUAAAUUACAUGAACUACUCCGCAAUAAGUUAAACAUUCUUUGUGACGGAUAUUCAAAGCCUCACUUAAAAACUCCAAUAAAUAAAAAAUAAAUGUCAUUCGGUACAGCCCUAAUAGAGAUAAUUAUUUAGUUGAAUACACACCAACCUAUAAAGAAUAAUACUUAUUUAUGGAAGAAACCUAUAAAUGAAGACAUACAGUAAUGCUUUGGGCAAAAUAAGGACACUGUAGGCCCUCUGGGAGUCUUUUAAUCGACUGAGGCAAAGAUUAAGAUUAUUUGUGUUCCACUUCAGGUAGUGGUGACUUUUAUCUUGAUGCUCCUUUUUCACAGAUCCUGACUUGCUGGUUUAGUCAGUUUACAGUGUAACACUUCCUUCUGCCUUCAAUACGUUAUGUUUAUUAUGACAGCAUAAAAAAAAUCAAAUAGAACAAUUGCUCUUAAUAAGUAGUAGUUGAGUUGAGUAAUCAAUUUUCCGUUUAAAAUUAAAUGGUAAUAGAUAUAGAGUAAUUCAUAAAUAACUCAAAUAAAUGGCAUUUACCCUACACCAUUUAAAAAAGUAAUAUGGUGUUUCACUUAUAAACUUCAGGUAUCUGUCCCAUAGAACUUAGUGACCCCUUAUGACUGCACCAAGUAUCUAUUUAUGAAAGCUUACUAUAAGAAGGUAAUAGCUUCAGUUUAAGAGUUUACUUACUUUAAGAGUUAAGGAUGAUGUUAUAUAGAAAGCAAAGUGUUGAGAUUGGGUCUGAAAGGAGCUCUAUUCAGGAGAGCUUUAAUGAUGUAAUGAAUGAAUGAUAAUCAUUGGUGUAUUGUUCUAAAUGCAGCGUAUAUUUGUAUUACACUUAAUCCUAUAUAACUGUACGGUUGUCUUUUUGUUACCAUAAGAGCAUUUUAUGUGUGUAUUCAAAGAUCCCUUAUUGUGAAUAUAAAGUUAUAUUUUCCCCAAACUGACUGGCAACAGCAGAGAGAUGAUAACUGCAAACAUGUGGAUGGGUGUUCUUUAAAAACUGACUUUUUUAUAUGCAAGAUAUUGAAUUUAUUUAUUUUUUUGAAAUGUAUAAUGCUAUGUGUCAAUACUUCAAUGAAAGAAAUACAAAUUAAAUAGCUAUUUUUUAUCAACUAA